AUGACAUAUGGAUAUUGGAUACAACAAACAAUUGAUAAAAUGCCAAUUACAUAUAAUAAUAUGACAGUUAUCUUAUUUCUAUGAAAACGUAUUUAGCUCUGCUGGUAACUUGUCAGUCGGUAGUCAGUUUUUAACUGUUGGUCAGUGCGCACGUUGACUGGUCCAAACAUGAAGCUGCUUCUCUUCUUCACGGUCUCUCUCCUCGCGGGGUUAGUCUACUCCGCUCCAGCCUCUAGUAAAGAAGACGAAACUGUGGUGAUCACCGAAGAGUUCUUCCCAGACGAACUCGCCAUAUACACUUUCGAACACGAUCCUGUUAAAAUCCUGACUCCAUUGAACGCAUUGAACUUUGAAGAUGAUGAUGACGAAGAAAGUGAUUCAGAUUCUACCACAAGCUUCGUAGUACUAGCUGACAAAGAUGAACAGGGAGGCAAGGUAUACAAGGGUGUCUACUUACUCACAAAUGGACAAGCAACGAAGAUACUAGACAAUGGUAAAGAUGCAGCUGCUGCUAACGAUGACACUAAAUUAGUUUACUUCGCAGCCUCUGACGGCAUCUACGUUUACAACGAUGAAAAGAAAUCAGCUGACAAAUAUGGUUCUUUAACUGACGACUUCAUUGGCAUCGCCAAAGUUAACGGCAGUGACACUAUCUACGUUUUAUCAGCUGACCACGUCGUUUACAAGGUAACAGAAGAAGGUACAAAGAAAGAAAAGAUUGACCAAAUUGUGGAUGCUCAGCAGAUCAUCUUGGAUUACGAGAACAACCUCUAUUACUACACUAGUGACAAGACUGUCUACGUUUAUGUAAAUGGUGAAGUUAAGAAGAUCAGUGGUCUUCCCGAACACGCAUCUUACGUAGAGAUCCUCAACCCAGCAUUCGUCUUUGAGAACGGAGCACCAGUCAUUGUUGACAACAAAUCCUACCUUGUUUAUGAAAAUGGGACUAGUGAGCUUGGCGAAUUCGAGUUCCGAGUGAAGCCUACAGCCUACUCCAUGGAAGCUACUCUGAUUCAAUACUACGCUUACAACAAGAAAGUCUACGAAUACAACAUUUUGACCAUCAUUUUCAGUGAGAUUUUGGAUGAAUUGAAGAAAUACUUUGAUGACAAGACUGAUGCCAUUCAAGCCAUUGCUACAAGGUCUAGGAGCGAUUUGCGCGCUUAAUUUCUUUUGAUAAUACUCUCACGCCCGAAUACUCAAACGCUACUCAAUUUUAAGUUGUACUUAAAUAUCGUGCUAUCUCUGUCAUUUUAUAAAGAAUUGAUAGUGACAGAACUACAUUUGAGAGCGUCUUAAAAUUUAGUAGCGUUUGAGUAUUCGGGCAUCAGUACUGUCAUCUUGAAGAAGGCUUACGAUCUUAAAAAUGUCGAUGCUAUGAAAACAAUAACAAACAAAAGCCUACUGUUGUAAAAUAUAUUGUUAUGGAUAAGAA